AUGGUGUCAUUGGGAGCUACCAUUACAAUUGAUUGUGAAAAUGUUAUUGGUGAUUUAAAACAUAUUUGGACAUCAAUUGGUUUUGAUGAAAUCAAUUGGUCGUAUACUGAACGAGGAAAAAAUUUACUUAAAAUCUUAAAGAAUGAAGUUAUAAGAAGACCAUAUUAUAUACGAAAUCAUAAUGCAUUUACAAGUGGAAAUUGUCUUAGUUCUCCAGCUCAUGGAUCAACAAAUAUUUAUACUGAAGAUGAUCAUGGAAAUCCAAUAUAUAAUUUUGAUAUUCUUGAUCAAAUUUAUGAUAAUUACCUUGCAAAUAAUUUCAUUCCAUUUGUUGAAUUUGAUUUUAUGCCGUUUGAUUUAGUUUCAAAGUCAAGUGAACAACAAGAUUAUGAUUUAAAUGGAUGGAAAUAUCCACCAAAAGAUUAUAAUAAAUGGAUAAAUUUAAUUCAAACAUUUAUUAAACAUUUAUAUGAACGAUAUGAUAAACAAAUUGAAAAUUGGUAUUUUGAAGUAUGGAAUGAACCAAAUAUCGAUCAUUAUUGGUUAGGAUCAUUUGAAGAUUAUUGUAAAUUAUAUGAUUAUUCCGUUGAAGCUCUAAAAUCUAUUAAUCCAAAUUUAAAAAUUGGUGGACCAGCAUUAGCAACAAAUGAAUCAAGUGGAGAGUUUUUAAAUAGAUUUUUAGAACAUAUUACCAAUGGAAUAAAUUAUGCAACGAAACAAAUUGGAACAUCAAUUGAUUUUAUUUCAUUUCAUACAAAAGGUGCAUAUUUUAAUCCUCUUCGUUCUUAUGGUCAUAAAGUUGAAUUUGAAUAUCCAAGUAUAAGACGUAUCAUCGAUGAUACUGUAACUAAUUUGACGAUUAUUAAUCGAUUUCCAAAAUUAAAUAAUAUAUCAAUAUUUAUUGAUGAAUGUGAUCCAACUGUUGGUGCUAUUUAUGGAAUAUAUGAUAAUCCAAAUUUUAUUGUAUGUAAUACAGAAUAUUAUCCAUCAAUGAUUGCUGAAAUGAUUUAUAAUAUAUUGUCUAUAUCACCAAGAAUUCAUUUAAUGACAAGUUCAUUAUUUUAUAUGGAAGGGAAAAGAUUAUUUGAAGGUAAUCGAACAUUCGUAACUAAUUAUAAUUUAUAUUUACC